CCAGCCUGGAGAGUCAUGACGCGAGCCCAGUUCUCACUCCCAUUGGGUGUGCGGUUUCUAGAGAAGCCAAUCAGCGUCUCCGCUGCUCCGGGUUAUAAAGUCGCCACCACCGUGGGGAACUCAGAUUCUCCCCAAACCGCGAUGAUGUGGGUCAUGGAGCCUCCAGCCUUCCUCCUCCUGCUGCUCUCGGGGGCCCUGACCCUGACCGAGACCUGGGCAGGCUCCCACUCCAUGAGGUAUUUCAGCACCGGCGUGUCCCGGCCCGGCCGCGGGGAGCCCCGCUUCAUCGCCGUCGGCUACGUGGACGACACGCAGUUCGUGCGGUUCGACAGCGACGCCGCGAGUCCGAGGAUGGAGCCGCGGGCGCCGUGGGCGAAGCAGGAGGGGCCGCAGUAUUGGGAAGAGCAGACGCGGACCGCCAAGGAAGCCGCACAGGCUUUCCGAGUGAACCUGAACAACCUGCGCGGCUACUACAACCAGAGCGAGGCCGAAGCCCCAAAGACACACGUGACCCACCACCGCAUCUCCGACCAUGAGGUCACCCUGAGGUGCUGGGCCUUGGGCUUCUACCCUGCGGAGAUCACCCUGACCUGGCAGCGUGAUGGGGAGGACCUGACCCAGGACACGGAGUUUGUGGAGACCAGGCCUGCAGGGGACGGGACCUUCCAGAAGUGGGCGGCAGUGGUGGUGCCUUCUGGGGAGGAGCAGAGAUACACGUGCCAUGUGCAGCACAAGGGGCUGCCUGAGCCCGUCACCCUGAGAUGGGAGCCACCUUCUCAGCCCACAAUCCCCUCGGUGGGCCUCAUUGUCGGCCUGGUUCUCCUUGGAGCUGUGGUCACUGGCGCUGUGGUGUGGAGGAAGAAGUGCUCAGGUGGAAAAAGAGGGAGCUAUGCUCAGGCUGCAAGCAGUGACGGUGCCCAGGGCUCUGACGUGUCUCACGGAUCCUAAAGCUGGCAUCUGAGUGUGUGUGUGUUCCUAUUAGCAUAAUGAGAGGAGGUGGAGAGACUGGCCCACUCCCCGCCUGCCCACCAUGACCCGCCCACACACUGACCUGUGUUUUCCCCUGAUGACUUUCCUGUUCCAGCGGAGGCGGGGCUGGGCCGUCUCCAUCCCUGUCUUAACUUCCUGUUGCACCAAAUAGUAAUGAUUACUUCCUUAUUGAAAAUGUGAGUCCAGAUAUGAAUUUGUUUUUUCUAAUUCUUGUCAUAAGGGAUUGUUGUGUUAAUUAAAGGAGAAAUUUCCUAAAGUUUGCCAGAGAAAAUAAAUGGAAGCACUGAGAACAUUCCAGAAUCCGUGUAUUGUGCUGAGUCUGUUGCAAGUGGAGACAGGAAAAAGCUGAGAGGAGCCAGCCUGGACGGGGCCUGUGCCCAGUGGGUGCCCAGCGCAUCGUGGGCUGUGAUGUUGUCGUUCAUCAGCUGGGUCAUCCUCGCUGCUCCUUUGUUGUGGUCCCUUCAGUAGAAUCCUGUCCCACCAGGACCUGUGAUCACAGGGACUCGGAAAUCACCUGGACGCUGUUGUGUCUUCAGGCUUCAGCACCGUGGGCAGCGAGGGCUUCGUGUGGUCAGCUCCGCCUAGGCCUGGGUCCGGCCCUCGUCCCCAGCAUUGUGUGUGUUUAGAUUUUGUUUCUUUGUGGAGACUUUGCUUUUGAGAGAUGAAUUUUCAGACUCAUCCAGCUCUUCCCCUCCUUCUAGGGUUGUUUCCUGGAUUCUUUCCACAUUUUCUCCUUUUUUAAAGAAGCAGAUUGUAGAAUUAGCAGAGAGGAGAGAUCCGAUAGUUUCUCAUCUGAGAUAAAUUCCGGUUGGGUUUCUGUCUUCUCUGCAGCCUGCGCCCCUCUCUUUGCCCUCAGCUGUAGUCAUCCUAGUGCUGGCUCCGAUCCAAACACAUGGAUUCACAAAGCAGAGACUACUGUAGAUUCAAAGUGGGUUGGAAAAUAGGACCCAUAAGCCUAGGAUUCUUUUUUCUAAAAAGGGAAAUGUAAUUGUGUGUGAGUGUGCGGGAGGGAGGGGAGAGCUGCGCUUGUGAGAAAAGUACAGGCGGCCUUGAUGUCAGUGUGAGUGGAUGUUGAGCUGUAGCUGCCACCGAACAGCAUGUAGCCUGAGGCUACAUUAAUAAAGAUACUGUCUCUAGAA